AACGUCAAGCAACUGAAAAUUUAUUAAGAGAAAAGUAUGAAGAAUUAAAGUCUCAAGAUCAAAACAAUAAUUCUAAUUUAUCACCACCAUCCACAAAUGUAGAUGAGAGUAAAGGCAAAAAAGGAUUUACAGAUUUUGCAAAUUUAAAGAAAAAGAAACGUAGUAACGUGUUAUUGGUAUCGUUUCGAGGCGUGAAGAGUCAUCAGGCAAACUUGGCUCGACAUCAUAUGCAACAUCCGCAAUGUAGACUAGUCUAUUUGUUCCGGAAAAUUCAAGGCAUUGAAUUAAUGACUGCGUAUAUCAAUGAUCAAGAUAGUAAAUGA